AUUGGCUGCACCUGUUAGUUAAUUGAUUGUCUUGUGGAAGUAGGCCCAUGGUAGGUUUGGCUAGUCUGCAACAUGUGGUGGAAGUGUUGCCUUACAGGAAGUAAAAUAAACAGCAGUGUUGAGAAAUCUCUAACAGGCAUGGGGCUGGGUUACAUGCUUCUGCUCUUCUCUGGCUUGUGCUCAAUUGUCAGUUGCCAAAGGUUAGUGCCUGGCGCUCCAUAUAAGAUCAACACAAAUGACAAGGGGGUCCUAAAAGCGGCGCUUCAUGGGACCAAUUCAUUUAACAAUCAGACCAAUGAUGCUUUUCUCUUCAAGCCAUCUGCAAUUGAAAAAGCCGAAAGACAGAUUGUAAAGGGACUCAAAUACAUUUUGGAAGUAGACCUCUCGUGGACCGUGUGCCGCAAAAACAGACACAAAGACCCAGACCUGGCCAACUGCACGUUCCAACCAGAUGACCUUCCACUGUGUCUUUGAGGUUUGGAAAAUGCCUUGGCUCCACUUCAUGAAGACUACCUAUUUUUCGUGCAGCCCAUCUGACCGAUCUUGAAGGAAGUUCCUACGCUGUUUCUCUCCAUUCAUUUUCAUUCCUCUAAAUAAAAUUGAGCCUUAACGUAUAGUUUAACAAUGGCUAUUACUAUAUGUCUUGAGUACCAAUAUGUAUUUUAGGUUAACUUAUCUAACCUUGUUAUCCUCAAAUAAAAUGGUGGACUGCUUUAUCCCGUGCAAAUUAUACAAUGAAUUUUAACUCAUGUUUUGGCAUGAGUUAGGGUCUGCACAGACUAAAUUUUGAUCAACAACACCUUAAAUCCCAAACAGGAUCAUCAUAUCCGUAGGAAGGAAUAGAAAAUCUGUGCGGCUGUUCCGAGUUAC